AUGGACAGCAGGCAAGGCGACAGCACGGCCCACGGCCAGCGGGAGGGAUCGCAUAUCUUAAACUCUUUAGCAGUACGGAAAAGCCAUCGGGAGAACCAGAAGCAAUAUGUUUGUACUUAUGAGAAUUGCAAUAAGUCUUUCACGCGAUCAGAUCACUUGCAAAGACAUCGCUUGAAUCACGGCACCGGAAAGGCCUGCCCUCGAUGUUCGGUUCACUUCAAUCGACCAGAUCUACUGGAACGACACUUGGCUCGCCAUAGACAAAAGGACGAGGAGGCUGGUGGAUAUGGAUUAGGAGUAGUGGAGACAAGGAAGAGAAUGUGGCGUGAUGCAGAUGGAAACAUAGUUACCAAAAGGCCGACUCUGCCCAGCAACAAUCCAGCAGCCACUUCGCAACAAAACAUUGCCAAUUUUGAGAAUGAACGCCAAACAGAUACUAACGAUUCACCAGCCGCCUCGCAACAAGAUAUGGCGAGUUUUGAGAAUGAACACCAAACAGCUAGCGACAGUUACGCAGAUAUGGCGCAGAAUCAAGAGCCCCCGCUGACGCCUAGAUCUAUGGGAUCGUAUUCGAGUGGCAAUGACCAACGUCGAACGUCUAUCAGAGGUGCUGUAUCAGAAGGCCAGUGGGCUCUCGACGUAGCGGCAAACUGUAACGGCGAUGAUCCAGAGAUGUGUGAUUUUCUAACAAACUCUUCUUGGGGCGCACAGCAACCACAAUCGCUUUCAGAUAUCGCACCGAACCCAUUCGAUGACAUGUUUAAUCCAGACACAGCAAGUUCUUUCAAUAUGCCUUUUACUACCAUGAACAACUACAAUUGGUUAUUCAAUGGGAGCGGCCUUGAAUCGGACAUGCAAAUGCACGCUGUGACAGGUCCAAUCCAAAAUCAAACAUAUCAGCCCACGUCGAGUUUGUUUUACUCCCGUAACGCAAGCAGCAAUUUCAAUAGCACCCAAUCAAAUGGACCCAUGGUGCAAAAUAUGAUGGCAGGCACCUCAUGUUGCACGCCAGCUCAAAUCGGUGGCUUCGCCGAUCAGUCUGAGGCCGUUCGGAUGCAAAUAGCUUCUGAGAGACCAAGCAAGAGGUCAAAUUCUGCCAUAGAGACUCCCACAACAGCUAGCUCUUCCAAACACUCUAGAGCUGAUGAAUCUUCACUGGGAAACUUCUCCAAUCAACACACUCCGCGAAGUGAUUCUCAAUCUUCAGUAUCCGAGAAUGAACCACCAGUUGGGCAGGAGAAUGCCUCUCGAUCAGAGGCAACGAUUUUGGACCCUUUUCCAACGUUCAGUCCCAACUCUCGCAAAACGCUGCCUCUUAUUGACGAGGUCACCCGAAACCGGGUUUUGGACUUCAUUAUUCAAGCCAAUCCCAAGACGCCAGAAGGGGCUCCAAUCUCUCGUGGCAAUAGUCUUUUAUCACUUUCUGCAAUGCAAAAGUACUGUGAUCUAUUCUUCUCCAGAUUCAACGUUACAUAUCCCCUUCUUCACCAGCCGACCUUUGAGCCUUCCCGGGUGGAAACUCUUCUGAUGGUGUCCGUCUUGUUGCUUGGAGCAACCUAUGGCGACAAAGCUGAACACCGUUUGGCUGUUUGUAUCCAUGACGUUCUGCGGUCACAAAUAUUCUCAAAUGCGGCCUUUCAGGCACAGCCCGAAUUGUGGGUUUUGCAAACUAUUCUAUUAGUUGAAUGUUUUGGAAAGUCAAGGGCUGGGCAAACUCAGCAUGACAUGGCACAUUUAUUUCACGGCCUGCUUAUCAACUUGAUACGCAGAAGUGAUUGCCAAGUAGUCUGCCAUCCUAGGUACGAUAGAACUAAGAACUUAGAGUCGAAUUGGAGGUUCUUCGUCGACGUUGAGCAACGCAAAAGGCUUGCUUAUCUUUGCUUCCUAUGGGAUACACAACAUGCAGUACUCUUCUCACAAUCAUUAUGCAUGUCUGCAUUUGAACUUCGCAGCUCUCUACCUUGUAACUCGGCAAGUUGGGAAGCCGAAUGCGCCGAAGACUGGCAUAGAAGUUAUUCGAGAGAGACAGAGACUUGGUUUUUGUCCGUUCUAAAGCUUUACGUGAAUCCGAGCUCUGGUACUUUGCCGCCUCAUUUGAACGACCUUUCUCGCCUUCUUAUGCUUCAUGGAUUGAUGUCACUAUCAUGGGAUAUGAAACGACGGGACCAAACAGCCCUUGGUUUUGUUGGCACCUCGGCACAGGAAAAGCAAAACCGCCUCGCCGAGUCAUACGACGCCUGGAAAACGGAUUUCGAUACCUAUUGUAUGAGUAUGUCAUUCUCUCUAAAGGACAAUACUGCCGCGAAAAAAGACUUCACACGUUUCAGCACGGCAAGCAUUGCUAUUUACCAUGCAGCUCACAUAAUUCUCAAUGUCGAGAUCAUAGACCUCCAGAUCUACGCAGGCGCGAGUCACAUCAUCGGCCGGCCCGUAACUUCUGGGGAUUACGAUCGUUCGCGUAGCAUUGUCAAGGACUGGGUUCGGAAAGAUGACUCGCAGGCAGCGGCAAAGGCGGCAUGGCAUGCGGCUCACCUUCUCCGAGACGGCAUUAUGAAUCUUGACAGUUGGGACGUGAACGAAGUGUUUCAUUAUCCUUGGUGUUUAUAUCUCGCCACUCUUACUUGCUGGGCUUUCCAUUUCGCUGCUAGUAACAAAGAUAUUCAUGAUAGCGGAAAUUAUCGUUCGAGGGAUGUUAUGAGGCAUGAUAGUGCUGGAGGGAACUCCCAGGCAGAGAUGAGUGCACUUGUCAGCGGAAUGACGAGUGUAGCUCCCGAUGGCCUGUGGAAAACUGUGGGGAAAUUCUCGACGAGUGGGUUGACUGCAACGAUUGCACGCCAUCUGAGUACCAUCAGGUGGGCAGUUGUGCACGAAGGCUUGAAAAUAUUGAGGGGUUUAGUGGCCGAGGAGGAUUGA